AUGAUGAUGUCGCCUCCUCUGCAGCUCGAACCGUUCGCAGGUAUCGGCACUUGCGCAUCCAGGUCAGUCGUCAGCGGCUUCUCUAAGAGCGCUCCAACAAAGCCUUCGUCACGAGUCUGCGCUGCUGAUCUCGCGGUCAAGCAGCUCCUCCAGCAAAAGUCUACUCCUCUUUCCGCAUCCUCGGUCGCGUCCGCUAGCCGUCCGCUGCAAUCCGUAGACGUAAACAUCCCCAGGUCAGGCAUUCAACCCACCACCAACACCUCAUCAACCACCGUCACCCCCACGUCGUCCCCAAAGGUCGGCAGCCGACGCAUUUCUACCAAAAAGGUCCGCUCAUCAUCGAGCAGCUCCUCAUCCGCACUUCAUUCAAUCGCAAGAACAAACAAGCUCGGAUCAACCAUCGACGCUACCGCAUCCGUGACCCUCAAAGGCGAACGCAUCAGCAUCAAGGUCCCGCAAAAGCUCCCCACCCCGCUUCUCAAGCCCAACUCUUCUCCGUACGAAGACCUCGUCGCCCAUCUCUCCCGGCACCACUUCUUCCAAGAAGCGCAACAGCUAGAACAGCAAAGGUUGACGCCCGACUUCUACCUCACACAGUACCUCGAGACCGCUCAUCUCGGCAAAAGCAGUCUCUAUCACCAGACCGAGACGUUUCUCAACGCCAACAAGCAAUUGUUGCUGUCAAAAGUGGUACCGGGACAAGCGCUACCUGAGACAAUCCCGGUGGACAUUACCGAGUGGGUGAAUAUGGCGCAGCGUACACCUACGCAUCUGCUCGCCGUGCAUUCGGAUCGGGAAGCUGCUACGUUGUACUGUGUGCAUGGGCUAGUGUUGGCGUUGCAAUGCGUAUCGAUUCCCGUUUUGCCCGGUGUGAAGGAGAGUCAGGAGGGAGGAAGGGUGGUCGAGCACAUGCCAACGGUAGCUUUGAAGGUCCCGUCCGUCCAGCACUUCAACACCAUCGUCCGAUGGCUCUACAGCCAAUCCACCACUUCUCUGCUGCACGAACUCCUUCCCCUCCAACACAUCGUCACCUACCUCACCUGUAAACAGCUCUCUUCCAAACCCCCCUCCUCCACCACCACCAUCCCCACCCUCUCUUCAGCCGACAUCCUCAGCGCCAUGUCCACCAUGUCCACACGUCACUUCCUCGAACGCCUGCAACACAUCCAGGCCGUGUGGAAGAACGGCGUUGCCCUCGGCAUCCUAUCCUGGAGCUUCUGGUCUACGCUCGAUCACGCGUGGAACCUCACCAUCCGCGCAAUGAUCGCUUGCCCCUCCACACGCCGCAGAACCGCAGUCUCUCUCAAGCACGUCACCGACGACGAGCGGGUGGCAAGGGAUAACGAGUUGACGGAAAAAUUCCAGUCGACAAAAAUCGAGUAA